AUGGCUACUAACAACGCCGAAGGACGUCGCGAGGAUGCUUUCAUCAAGCAGCGCGCUCAGAAUCGUGAAGAAUAUGAACGCCAAAAACAGACUCUCAUCAACGAAACGGAAAAAUCCCGUCCAUCAGUCAACAAAUUUGUCGGUCAAAAUGACUCCAUGGAAGAAACUCUCAAGAACCAGACUAUCGGUCUAGUGAGGCUGGAGGACUUUCAGCAGAGAAGGAAAGAGCUGGAGGAGGCAAAGGCACGCGAGGCUGCUCGCACCAACGAACUCAAGUAUGAUUUGUUUAGAGACGAAACAAAGAAGGUAAAGAAACGCAAGAAGACAAAAGCUACCUUAUCAUUUGCCAUGGAUGACGAAGGGGAUGUCGAAGGAGACACCUCGUCGCGUCAAAGUCCUGAAGUCCAAAACGGUGAACAACCGUCCAAGCGCGCCAAGUUCCGUAAGAAUCCCAAUGUCGAUACAUCGUUCCUUCCGGACCGUGAACGAGAGGAAGCGGAGAGGAAAGAGCGUGAAAGGUUACGCCAAGAAUGGAUUCGCAGACAAGAGGAGCUCAAACAGGAAGAAAUCGAGAUUACUUAUUCUUAUUGGGAUGGGAGUGGUCACAGGAAGUCGGUUGUGUGCAAGAAAGGUGAUACCAUUAGUGCUUUCUUGGAAAAGUGCCGGCAGCAGUUCCCGGAAUUGCGAGGCGUUAGCGUUGACAAUUUGAUGUACAUCAAGGAGGACCUCAUAAUACCUCAUCAUCAUACGUUCUAUGACUUCAUCAUCAACAAAGCUCGUGGAAAGAGCGGGCCAUUGUUUAAUUUUGACGUUCAUGAUGAUGUUCGCCUGCUUGCUGAUGCGACCAAGGAGAAAGACGAGUCACACGCUGGUAAAGUGGUUGAGAGAAGCUGGUACCAACGGUUCAAACACAUCUUUCCGGCCUCUCGAUGGGAGAUCUACGACCCAGAGAAAGAAUACGGCAAGUACACCAUCGCUUGA